UCACCAAAAAAAAAAAUCCAAGGAGAGCCAUACGCCCAGGCUUAGCCUAGGGCCCAUUUCAGUAUCAAUCACAUCACUAACAGGGAUUCAGGAAAUCGAGAUGUUUAGUCGAAUUAUUACAGAUACAAUAAUUUGCAACAAGUGCCUUUCAAAAAUGUAUUUAUCGAGACAUAUAUUUCCCAGGAAAUCGGUAAUACCGGCUAGGCCAAGUUUUCUGUCAGUGAAGCAGUGGUGGUGGGCCGCGGUGCACGGUGCAGCCAUGCAGAUUUCAGCUCACCGAGGAGACAAUGGGCUUAGGCCUAGCUCCAAACAAGAAUCAUCGAAUCAAACACAAGCUCGGACGAAAUAUUCAAAUUUCAAAGUUCUUGACGGAGGGGUAGAUAAAUCUAGAAAUUCGAUUGUAAAAAAUAAGGCAAACAGCGAAAAACUUGAGGAAUUUUAUUGCAAUUUAAUGUCCGUUGUUUAUGGUGGUGGUGGUGCAAGAGGAAUGAAGCAACAUAUUGAAGUAAAUAAAAAGAUGUUUGUGAGAGAUAGAAUAAGGUGUUUGCUAGAUGAUGAAGACUUUCUUGAACUGUCUCCCUUAGCUGGACAGGGAAUGAGCUAUGGAGACAUACCAGCUGCAGGCAUGGUCAAUGUGGUUGGUAAAAUUUGUGGUCACUGGUGCACUGUCAGUGCAAAUGAUGCAACAGUCAAAGGAGGAACUGUUUACCCAAUAGGAGUCAAGAAACAGCUGAGGGUGCAAGAGAUUUCGUUGCAUAAUAGACUGCCAUCCGUUUACCUUGUUGACAGUGGUGGUGCUUUUCUUCCCCUCCAGGAUGAGAUAUUUCCAGAUAAAGAACAUGGAGGAAGAACCUUCUACAAUGAAGCAAUUAUGUCAUCAUUAAAGAUUCCACAGGUGGCAAUUGUUUGUGGUUCUUGCACAGCAGGUGGUGCGUAUGUCCCUAGUAUGGCAGAUGAAGCAGUGAUGGUGCAUCGUAUUGGUACCAUCUUUCUAGGAGGACCGCCACUUGUGCAUGCGGCUAUCGGCGAGAGGGUGUCCGCAGAGGAGCUAGGUGGAGCCACUGUGCAUUGCAGUGUAAGCGGAGUUGCUGAUCAUUUUGCAGAAACGGAACAUGAAGCUUUUGAAGUAGGAAGAAAUAUAAUAGAAACUCUAAAUGAGCCCUAUCCUGAUGACCUUAAACACUUUGUUGAACCUAUCUUUCCGGCAAGUGACCUGCCUGGGCUAGCACCUCGACACUGUUAUGACCAAGAUUAUAAUCCUUACAAGAUUCUUGCAAGGAUAGUAGAUGGUAGUAAGUUUCAGGAGUUUAAACAAAAGUUUGGGCCAGCAUUAGUAACUGGUUUUGCCACUAUUCAAGGAACUUUGGUUGGAAUGAUCGCUAACAAUGGACACUUGAGCUAUGAGGGCGCUCUAAAAGGUGCCCACUUCGUAGAAAUCUGUUGUCAACGGAAAAUACCCAUCAUAUUUUUGCAAAAUACUAUUCCGGAAGAUCCAGAGAUCGAUGGCAAGCUGGACAGUGAGUCUCUGGGUGACCUCCUUCGCGCACGGGCCAAAAUGGUUGCUGUUGUGGCAUGUGCAGCAGUUCCAAAGAUAUCGGUGGUUGUCGGUGGAAGUUUCGGACUGAGCAGUUUUGCCAUGUGUGGAAGGUCAUUCGAUCCCAGAUUUCAUUUUCUCUGGCCAAAUGCACAGAUUGGAUUGGCAAACCAAAAUGAUGUCACCAAUGCUUUGAUAAAGGACAAAUUGUCGAAAAAGGGAGAUCUAAUAACGAGCGAAGACAAAGAAAAAUUUUCAUCAGAAACAGCUGGCUUGGUUCAGCAGAAGAUGUCUGCAUUUUACUCUUCGUCAAGACUUAAUGAUGAUGGCAUAAUCCUACCAAAGGACACAAGAAAUGUUCUUGCCAAGUGUUUGAAUAUAGUAUCUCAACAGAAAGAAGGAAACGAUACCAGAUAUGGAGUAAUACGUAUGUAAAUGGUGUAUUGGAUAAAAACAUUCAUGAAAUCACAGUAUAAUUGUUGAUUAAAUUAACUAUUCUCUCAAGUAAUAUUAAAUGUGCUCAUAGAAAACGGGUUACGGAUGUUAAGAAUGUAAAUUAUCUACACUGCCUGGUCGGUGUGCUAGUAGUUUUUUAUUAUUAUAUUCACUCUCUUUUCUGUAGAGGAGGCUGACAUUUUAGAGGAACAUUCAUUCACUGUUUAUGCCCUUCCAUGACUAGUUAAAAGUUGAAUGAAUAAAGUUAAAAACAAAGUAAACAGAUCAUAGAUGGAUACUUGUCUAUAGAUACUGUAUGCAUGACAUUUUGUAUCAGAUUAAAUCUUGUAUGUUAAUGCAACUUAGGAUGUUAUGAAAAAUUAUUUGAUAUUAAAAGAAGUCAUUAAGUUGAUAGCGCAUAAAAUAUGGUCUUUAUGACACAAUCACAGAAAAUUUGGUGGAUCCCGAAAUUCGAAAUAGAGAGCUGAGGGUAGGACUUUCACAGACAGGGUGUCGAUACCACCUCAGCCCCACCAUGGUAAGAAAUGUUAUGGCACCUAAAUGGCACUCUCUCUUUUUUUCAUUUCUAAAAAAUACAGGAGGGGGGGGGGUGUGCUUGGACCAGCUGCCCCUUUGAAUCACAGCAAGAUGAAGAGCCUUGGAUGUUUAAUUUUAAUAGGCAUAGAUGGAUGUAUGUAGCUCAUAAAAGACUGACUUUGAAAGCAAAUUAUUAAGGAAUGUUAAGUUAUCAAGCAAUGAUCAAUGCAAAAGUUUGUAAACUGUGUCAAUAUUAAUAAAUUCCACAAAAUACUGCA